AGCCGUAUCCGGUGGGGCAGCGGUCCAGGGCUCGGGAAAAAAAUCGAAGCGAGGAGGAUCUGGUAACGGUACGCUUUGAGAAAUAUCAUCCAUCCCGAGUCGCUAUCGAAGGGCUCGGCAGGAAUUAACAGUUUCUUUACAAAGGUUAGAGGUCACAGAGCAGGGUCGCGGUUGUCGUCAUGGCAUCUGGAAGUACGAGCAGCGAGGAGGAACGGAGCCUGAGGGAGUGCGAGCAGUACGUGCAGAAACACAACAUUCAACAGCUGCUGAAGGACUGCAUUGUCCAGCUGUGCACCUCCAGGCCGGACAGGCCCAUGGCCUUCCUCAGGGAGUACUUCGAGAGGCUUGAGAAGGAGGAGGCCAAGCAGAUUCAGAACCAGCAGAAGGCGAGCAGUUCCCGUUCAGACUCCCGCGAUGAGGAGGUGUCUCCACCCAUGAACCCUGUGGUAAAGGGUCGCCGGCGGAGAGGAGCCUUCAGCGCAGAGGUCUACACAGAGGAGGAUGCAGCCUCAUACGUCAGAAAGGUCAUUCCAAAAGAUUACAAGACGAUGGCAGCCUUGGCCAAAGCUAUUGAAAAGAAUGUUCUCUUCUCACACCUGGAUGACAACGAGAGGAGUGACAUAUUUGAUGCAAUGUUUCCAGUCACCUACAUCGCCGGGGAGACAGUUAUUCUGCAGGGUGACGAAGGUGACAAUUUCUAUGUUAUUGACCAAGGGGAGAUGGAUGUGUAUGUGAACAAUGAAUGGGUGACUAGCAUCGGGGAGGGAGGCAGUUUCGGAGAGCUGGCCCUGAUAUAUGGCACCCCGAGGGCGGCCACAGUUAGAGCCAAGACCAAUGUCAAGCUGUGGGGCAUCGACAGAGACAGCUACAGGAGAAUACUUAUGGGAAGCACUUUGAGAAAGAGGAAGAUGUACGAGGAAUUCCUCAGGAAAGUGUCCAUUCUAGAGUCUCUUGACAAAUGGGAGCGUCUGACAGUCGCUGAUGCCUUGGAGCCCGUCCAGUUUGAGGACGGACAGAAGAUUGUUGUGCAGGGAGAGCCCGGAGAUGAAUUCUUCAUCAUCUUAGAGGGUUCUGCAGCUGUGUUGCAGCGUCGCUCAGAGAACGAGGAGUUUGUGGAAGUGGGGAGGUUAGGACCCUCUGACUACUUUGGUGAGAUUGCUCUGCUGAUGAACCGUCCCCGCGCUGCCACCGUGGUCGCCCGCGGCCCACUGAAGUGCGUCAAGCUCGACCGGCCUCGCUUCGAGCGCGUCCUGGGUCCCUGUUCAGACAUUCUCAAACGUAACAUCCAACAGUACAACAGCUUCGUCUCGCUGUCUGUCUGAAGGGAGCGUCUCUUCUCACCCACCGCCUUCCCCUCCCUUCACCCUUUCCCUCUUUUCUCCUUUUAGACCCAGGGUCCACCAAUGCAAUUUGCUUUUUUUGUGUCACUUUUAUUCUUUCUGUUUUGCUUUUCUCCCCCCCCCCUUUUUUUUUUUUUUUCCACACAGAGAUCAUUUUGUUGUUACCACCCGUCACGCUGAGGUGACUUUCAGCCAUUCACCAGCGCUUGUACCAGCUGCUGUACGCUACCUUGUAGGCACAGUUACAUCACGUUACCUAUGUUAUAUAUGUAUUUGCUGGUUACGCUUUCUUUUUCGACUUAAACACAAAGCAGGAUUGUUAGGAGAUCUGAAAGACGUUAGGGUCUCGGACUGAUGAGACAGGACAAUCAAACUUUACAUGGCGCUUUUGGGGAAUUUGUUACAGAUUUAUGUUGUAGAUUGAGGUAAAGAGAGGACUCCUUUUUCCCGUUAUAGAGUUUCCUUUUUGACAUCGGUUAGCCUGAGUAGAUGUACAGCAUAGAGCAGAACCUAGAAACUGUAGAAGGCAGGACGGAGAUGACGUUUUUAAGGUUUCUGCUACAUGAUGGUUGUGCUCUGUUUGUUUUUGGUUACCUUUGAUUGGCACGAUGACACAAUGACAAGUCUGUUUUGCUUAGUUCAAGUGAGCGUGUACAACUUAAGGUUUUUAAUUUUAUCAUGCAGCUACCAGGGUAGUGCCAAAUGUUGAUUAUUGUCACAACACAAAGAUGCAUAGCCGUGGAAAUGCAGUGCGUGUUCUGUUCCCUGACUAUUUGGAGCUCCAAACAGGAAGUAGUUAUUACCCUUAUUGUCCUCUUAAUUGGUAGAAUGACCAUACAAGAACUGCCUUGACUACUCUGAGGAAAAAAAAAGAAAUUAAAAAAGAAAAGAAAAAAAACAAGAGUAUUAAGUGUAUUUCAGUAUUCAAUUUUUUAGUAUAUACCAAAUAACUUGGUCACUCUUCUGCUAUGGUUUAUAAUCAAAAUGUUAUCAUAGUAUAGUUAAAACGAUCAUAGUUAUUAUAUUAUUAUCAUUGACUAAAUGAUAAAUUUAUGGUUUGGAGUGAUGGUGAUCUUCAGAAAACUAUGUUUAACUGUCUUUUGUAAACACUUAUUUUUCCAUAAAUUCUAUUUUAGGUGUCCAGUGCCACAAAGUAAAUAAAUGCUUCUUCUUGUCAACCGACAAAAAAAAACAACAGUAUGUAAUCGUAUUGUGUAAAACGUCAUGGGUUUUUAAAAAUAGAUCAAAUGGGUAAUUCCAGGUUUAUUGAAGCGAAGUCUUGAAAAGAAAAAAAAAACAAGAUGGUUUUAAGGAUUUCAGGACAUCUGAAGUAUUUAUGUAUCGAAGCAUCACAGGUGAGCUGACGGGCAGAGUGAGCUGAUAUUUAUUUAAAACUAGUGUCAUUGCUUAUUGCCUAUUGAAAAGGUGGCUGUCUUUUCAUCAGAGUAGCUUGUGAUCUGUUCUCUAUGCUUACUUGGCAUGAUGUUUUAGGCAUCCAGUGAUCCGGUAUGAAUGGAAGCGUGUAUUUAAAAAAAAAUUUGCCCUGCAGCUGCGUGCGGGAGCAGGAACUUUGUCAAAUAUUUGGUUUGUUACUCCCUAGCUUAACUGCUUCAUGACUAUUUAGAUGGCAUAAGAUGUUUAAGUCUGUUUUUUUUUUUUGUUUGUUGUUUUUUUUUAAAGAUCUUUACCAAAUCAAUGUUGACUUCUGGAUUAUAGGCUUAACUCUUCAUUCCUGCCUCACUUGUCUGUUCUCAGAAAUGACAUAGAACCUGUCAUGUGUUUCUGUUUUGUAUGGAGGCGAAUAAGAGACAAAAGUACUUCGAUUUUAACAAGCAGUGAAAUUUGAAAUAGUGAAAUUUAAAUACCACCUUGUUUAUAGCAUUGGAACAUUUUACCUUAAAAAAAUAAACAAUCAUGCAUUUUAUUUGUUUUUAAUUCAUCUCUUUGAAAUUUAAGUAUGAAUUUUCUCGAUUUGCCGUUUUCAAAAGCUGAAUUUGGAUAUACUCCUUUUCAGUGUUCUGAAAAUUCAAGUUUCAGAGUGAGAAAAAAGAGAAUAUUUGACGUGUAUUUUUGGAUCUGAAUUUUAAUGAUGAUCUGUGUGAAUUUUUUCAGCUUGAAUGUUAUACCUGAGUUUGUCCAAUCAAAUUUUUAACAAUCUAUCAUUUAUUUUUUCAAAUUCUGAAGCAUGAAUUUUUCAAUUUGAAUUUGUGAACACUGAGGAACAUAUAUUUAAUUUUUUUAAAAUUGCAAAUCAGUCGUUUCAUGUUAUAUUUCCUAAGAGUUUGAUUUAGAGCAAAUACAUUCAGAUACCAAUUUUUCAAGGUAAAAUAUUUUGAUGCUAUAAAUUAAAUGGUGGUUAAGCUUCAAUACUAGGUAUUCCGUGGCUGUUAAAAUUAAAAUAGUUGUGUCUCUCGUUUGCUUCUGUAGUUUUGUCUCAUUCAGAGCGCUCGCUUAGAAUCGAGAUGUCUGUUUGUACGUCCAAAAAGAUUUGAUUUUGGUGCCGAUUGCAGGGUAGUCAGGUUAGUGCGGAGAGUUUUCGUUAAUGGGACAUGAGUAAUAUGUAUUUUUCGUUACAGUUAGAUUGAUCAUCUUCAUCUGAUUCUUAUCCUGAUCCACAGGAAAUGACUCCCGUUAGGGGGCGCUGGUUUGACUCUCCUUUAUCGAAAUAUUGUUUUUGUGUAAAUAGCGGCAUCAUCGGUUUUAGUCCAAAAUGUUUUUAGCCACACUGCAAUCGUCCCGGUUUGCCUUAGCUUACCUAACCUGGGCUUACAGUAGUCAGUCAGUCACUCCUGCUAGCCCGACCUUCAGUGAGUUUGUUAGGCCUGCAGCGCAGAGAGCUGCAGGCGAUCAGAGGACCAUUCUUUUUCUAUUCUACCCUGUAUUCAGUUUGACCUCCUGUAUGUGCAAAGAUGUUUAUCCUUUUGGUAUAGAUUGUUCCAGAUGGCAGUUUAAGCAAUAAAAAAGUAAAAAUGA